GCACUUUUUGAUUCGACAGGCCCUCUUCAUCGUGGCAGACCGCUUCCUUGACAGUGACCUAUUCUGUACGCUGCCUGCACCGAUAUCUCAGUUCUCCAUCCACUCGGUUUCCUGUUUCUCUGGGGCGACGGUAGAGCCCGCCCGGCCCGUUGGUUUGUCGGGCAAUCGACAUUAAAAUCGACAUCGAAAUCGACAUUGAACCCCCAACUUUGCAACUCCGCUAACAUAAACACGAACACCAUGGAAGCAGACAGGCAGAGCUUCCAAUUUCCCACCCCCCCACCUCCUCUUCACACACGCUUCAGCGACAUGGACCGGCCGUCAACUCCCUCGCAGGAGGCCUUCCUCAGCCCGCAACAAACCCCCCAGGGCAGCCCGAGCAAACACCACCAGCCGCCGGGUGCUUUCGAUCUCCCCCACGUCUUCGAGAAUGCCAUGAGGCUACUCCCUACCAUUGGCUCUCCCUCAAAGCCCAAGCCACAGACUCCAACUUCGCCAAACAAGGCCAACGUGCAGGCGGGUGACGACAUCGACUACUCCACGCAGGACCUGACCACUCUCGGGCCGAGUAGCCCUAGCCGCAAGUCAACAAACAAGGAGAACACGCCGCCGGGGAUCCGGCCUGGCCUUCAGAAGGAGAGCGGCUUCAUUACCCACGCUGCCCAGUCCCGCCAGGAGCCGUACCGGACUCAGCAGGCAGACCAGUCAGCACGUUACUAUCAUGGCCAGCAGCGUCUCUCCGCAGAAGAGCUCGAAAAAGCUAGGAAGCCGUCCGCAAAGCGUCUCGCCAACGUCACUCAGCUCUACUUCCUUGAUUACUACUACGACCUGCUAAGCUAUGUUCACGCGCGCCAAAACCGACUCACCCAUUUCAAGGCCCAGAACCCUCCCCCGCCCGCCACGCCCGACACUGAGUAUAAUGAGGCACUCAAUCAAUAUCUCGGCCGUGAGCGGGCCAACCUCCGCAAGCGACGCACGCGGCUGAGGCAGGGCGACUUCCAAAUCCUCACACAGGUCGGACAGGGAGGCUAUGGGCAGGUGUACCUAGCCCAGAAGAAGGACACCCGCGAGGUGUGCGCCCUCAAGGUGAUGAGCAAGAAGCUCCUGUUCAAGCUGGACGAGGUUCGCCAUGUCCUGACUGAGCGCGACAUCUUGACAACGGCAAAGAGCGAGUGGCUAGUCCGGCUGCUGUACGCCUUCCAGGAUGACAAGAGCAUCUACCUGGCCAUGGAAUACGUUCCCGGCGGCGAUUUCCGCACCCUUCUGAACAACACCGGCGUCCUGCACAACCGUCACGCCCGCUUCUACAUCGCCGAAAUGUUCACCUGCGUUGACUCUCUUCACCAGCUUGGGUACAUCCACCGGGAUCUCAAACCAGAGAAUUUCCUAAUUGACAGUACUGGACACGUCAAGCUGACCGACUUCGGCCUCGCGGCGGGUAUGCUUGCUCCAGCCAAGAUUGAAUCGAUGCGCAUCAAGCUUGAAUCUGUGGGUGACAUCAGGGCCCCCUUUGGACGCCCCAUGGAGGAGCGAACAGCCGCCGAACGUCGCGAUGGUUAUCGUUCCCUGCGCGAGCGCGACGUCAACUACGCCAAGAGCAUCGUCGGCAGCCCUGACUACAUGGCCCCUGAAGUCCUCAAAGGAGAGGAGUAUGACUUCACUGUCGACUACUGGAGCUUAGGCUGCAUGCUCUUCGAAGCCCUUGCCGGCUACCCCCCCUUCGCCGGCGCCACGGUCGAUGAAACCUGGCAGAACCUCAAACAAUGGAAAAAAGUGCUCCGCAAGCCAGUCUAUGAAGACCCUUCCUACUUCCUCUCAAAACGCACCUGGGACCUCAUCACGCGUCUCGUCGCCGCGAAAACCUCGCGAUUCAGAGGCAUCUCGGAGAUCCAUUCGCACCAGUACUUUGCGGAGGUGGAUUGGAACAAAUUGCGCGAGAACAAGGCGCCGUUUGUCCCAGAAUUGGACUCGGAGACUGAUGCGGGGUACUUUGAUGAUUUUGGAAAUGAGGCGGAUAUGGCCAAGUAUAAAGAGGUCCACGAGAAACAGCAAGCGUUGGAGAGUAUGGCGGAUAGGGACGAUAAGAUGUCCAAGGGGCUUUUUGUGGGGUUUACGUUUAGGCAUAGGAAACCGGCUACGGAUGAGAAUGGGAAGCAGGCAAGUCCGAGGAAGCCGCUUCCGGUUGUCGAUGAGAAUUUUGGUACAAUCUUCUAGGUUGAGGGCAUUUGCGGUGGUGUUGAGUCCUGUGGCACUGGUUGUCAUGGGGUAGGGCGGUUUGGCUGAUUCGAUUGAGGGCUGGUUUUCUUAGACAUGGCCUACGGUGGCAUGGUAUAGCAUGGCAUGGACGAUGGGUGAUGGAUGAUGGAUGAUGGUCGGAUGUGAUUAUGGCGUAUACGACAUGUUUUUAGUAGAAAUUCUCCGAGGAAUGGGUCUUGCAUGCAGUACAUUCUUUUAACUUGAACUUGCCGGGCAAGAAGAGUGUGGGUGUUGGCGGCGUCAGGGUAGGAAGCGAUGGAUCACGCGAACGGGACUGUAAUUGUAGG